AUGAGUUGUCGCGGUAUCAGUGUAAGUCAGGGAACAUGGAACGAUUUGGAGGAAAUGAAAUAUUUGCUUUGCGCUAUCGAGUGUUGCAAAUGUCCUAGCGUACCACCUCCACCCACGUGUUCCACUGUAUUACCACCGAGAAUCGAGGAGUUGUGUCCCGUUAUUCCUCCUCAGAGACCCUGCUGUCCGCCUCCUCGUUGUCCACCAACCCCCUGUUGUCCACAACCACGACCUUGUCCAAUAUCAGCUCCUUGUUGCGCGCCGUUACCACCCUCUUGUUCGCCAUCACCUCCUUGUUGCCGGAUACCUAUAGUUCCCAGUCCUACUUGUUUUCCACCACCAAUGUGUGCUCCACUUCCAUCGAGACCUUGCGUUUCACCUUCUCCACUGCCGUGUUAUCCAAGUGAGUUGUUAUAA